AUCUUUCUUCACUUCCAGGUUUAACAAAUCAAACUGGUGCAUCAGCAUGUGUUGUUAAUAUAAAUGCUACUAGGUUAAUUGCUCACAUUGGUGGAACAAUUUCUGUUAUUUAUGAGUUUUUUAACGAUGGGUCUUCACCUUCAACAAGUGAUAUUUAUCUUCUUGAUAUAAGUAAUAUAACUAGUUAUAAAUGGGUUAAUUUAUAUGAUCCUUCAACAAUGAUUCAAGCAUUACCAUCUGCAUAUACAACUAUUAUUGCAACAGCACAUUGGCUGUUGUUGGAAUUUCCUACUGGUGUUGGAAAAGAUUUCGUCCAAGAA